CCCUCACUCUCCUCGCGGAAUCUUCUCUUUUUUUUCACAGAAAACAUGCAGAGAGGAGAGGAGGAGGAGGAGGAGAGAAGAAGAAACGCGUCGGAGGCGACAGGAGAGAGAGGAAGCGGAGAAAGUUGGUAGAGCAGUGAGAGGGCACAAGGAUCAGAGGAGAGGAGAGGGGGCGAGCAGAUGGGAGGAAGGAAGGAAGGGAUCUCUCCGUCGGCUCAAGUGCGAGAUUAAAGGAUCCUGCAUAAAUAAACAAAUAUAUGAAUCAAAAGAAGAAGGGGAGUUGAAGGCGCGCCACCGCGUUGUUGCGUGGACGCGGACAAGACAGCAGCGGUGCGCGCUGUAAACUUCUGUCCUCUGGAUUUUACUCCUCAUGUUCUUCAAACUCUCGCUGAGGUUCACUAACUUUUUAAGGUCGGUGUCCCCUUACUUCCCCUUGCCUCGUGCUUUGAAUUAACCCUCUCCCCGGAAAGUAGAAGAAGCUCCGGGGUGGAGGUUGGAAGAAGGACGGAAGAGCGUUUUUUUUUGUUCCUUCCGAGGAGUCCAGCUCGCCGUAGCCGGGGUUUAGGCGUUGGCACCCGGGCUGGGAGUCCCUCGCCAUGGCCGGGGCCAAGCCGGGAGUCCACGCGCUGCAGCUCAAACCCGUGUCUGUCCACGAAACCUUGAAGAAGGGUGGGAAAUUCAUCAAAUGGGACGAGGAGCCCAACAGUGGACACCCUACCCUGGUAACCCUAAAAGUUGAUCCAGAUGGAUUCUACCUAUACUGGACUGGAGGCUCCAACCUGGAGGUGGAGAUUCUGGACAUGGCCACUAUCAGGGACACCAGAACAGGAAAAUACGCCAAACAACCAAAGGAUCCAAAGCUGCGGGAGGUGCUGGGCUUCGGGAAGGGUGAUAACGUUGAAGGGAAGCUGGUUACCAUCGUCCAUGGCAAUGACCUGGUCAACACCAACUUCCUCAACUUCCAGGCUAUGCAGGAAGAUACAGCAAAGAUUUGGACCGAUGAGCUCUUCACUUUGGCGACAAACAUUCUUUCCCAGAAUGCAUCGCGGAGCACCUUCCUCCUCAAAGCGUACACCAAGUUAAAGCUGCAGGUGAAUCAGGACGGGAAGAUUCCUGUGAAGAAUAUCCUGAAGAUGUUUUCAGAUAAGAAGAGAGUGGAGACAGCUCUGGAGCAGUGUGGCCUCGUAAAUAACAGGUCAGAGGGGCUCAAGCCAGAUGAUUUCACGUGGGAGGCCUUCCAGAAGUUUCUCGCCACCCUCUGUCUGCGCCCUGAGAUACAAAGUAUCUUUGAGGAAAGUGGCUCCAAGGGGAAGCCUUUCAUCUCCCUGGACCAGCUGGUGGACUUCAUCAACCGCAAGCAGCGAGACUCCAGACUGAACGAGGUGCUGUACCCCCCGCUGAAGAGAGAGCAGGUCCGACAAACCAUGGAGAAAUAUGAGACCAACACAAGCCAAUUGGAGAGAGACCAGAUCAGUUUGCAGGCUUUCACUCGCUAUCUUGGAGGAGAGGAAAACAGCAUCGUACCUCCAGAGAGGCUGGAUGUUAUUGAUGACAUGAACCAACCGCUGUCUCACUACUUCAUCAACUCCUCGCACAACACGUACCUCACAGUCGGUCAGCUGACCGGCCUGUCGUCAGUGGAGAUGUACCGACAGGUGCUGUCUUGGAGUCAGGUGUCAGACCUCAGAUGA